AUGAUGAGGUUAGCAGUCGCUCUCCAUGAACGACUAAGUACUACUUUGGGAUAUUUAGCAACAGGAAGAGACUAUGAAGAUUUAAAAUUCUCAACUCGUAUCUCUGCUCAAGCCCUGGGAAGAAUAAUACCAGAAUCUCUCGGCCUGUACUCACACCUCAGUCAUACAUGUUCUGACUUGUAUGCGAAAAGCAUAGCCGGAAGUACAAUAGUUCGCAAAUAUAAAAAGAAAACAUCGAGGGGAGAGUGGUCCAAAGAAAGUAUGAAACAGACCGUUGAAAAAGUCUUAAACAAAGAAAUGGGUUACCGCAAAGCGGCAUUGCAAUAUUCAGUGCCACAAACAACGUUGGAAAGACACGUCAAUGCGAUUAAAACCAAAGGUGAAAUGAACUUAGAUUUACCGUUAGGGCCAAUUACAACAGUGUUCAGUAAAAAAGAAGAAAAUGAAUUAGUCGAAUAUUUGAAAGAAAUGGAAGCAAGGUUAUUCGGACUUAGUACGCUGGAGCUGAGAAGUUUGGCCUAUCAAUUGGCCGUCAAAAAUGAUAAAUAUAAGUUAGGGCCUGAUAGGAUUUACAGCUGUGAUGAAACAGGCAUCUCAUCGGUUUCUAAAACAAAAUCCAAGAUAAUUUCACGCAGGGGUAGGAAGCAAGUGGGAUCAUUAUCGUCAGCUGAACGAGGACAAACAGUUACCGUCGAAAUUUGUGUUAGCGCUGCAGGAAGCUAUAUGCCGCCAAUGCUAAUCUUCCCUCGCAAGCGCAUGAAAGCUCAAUUAUUAAACAACUCGGCACGAGGAACAACUUCCCAUUGUAAUGCCAGCGGAUGGAUGACUACAGACGUAUUUGUCUCUUGGUUCAAAAGUUUCAUUCAAUUCAGUAGAGCAAGCAAAGACAACCCUGUGCUGCUUUUACUCGACGGUCACGCUACUCACACCAAGAACAUCGAGCUUAUAGACGUUGCUAGAGAAAACGGCGUGGUUAUAAUCUGCUUCCCCCCUCACUGCACACAUAGGCUUCAGCCACUAGAUGUUUCUUUUAUGAAGCCCCAUCCACUGAAGGAUGGGUUGCAUGUCAG